AAAAACACGUGCUCCGAUUCCAAGUUUUUUAUAUUCUCUCUUGUUUUUGUUGCGGUGUUGCAGAAGAACAAGCAACUCUCUAAUGGGGGAAACAAUUAAGGAUGGUUUUCUAGCGGCUGUGCAUUCCACGGUUUUCAAAGAAUCGGAAAAUCUGGAAGGGGCUUGUGUUAAGAUUGAGGGUUACGAUUUCAAUCAAGGAGUAAACUACUCUCAGCUUCUCAGGUCCAUGGUCUCCACCGGGUUUCAAGCUUCCAAUUUCGGAGAUGCCAUCGAUGUCGUUAAUCAAAUGUUAGAUUGGAGGCUUUCUGAUGGGAUUGUUACGGAAGAUUGCAGUGAGGAGGAGAGGGAUCCGAUCUACAGGAAGUCUGUGAGAUGCAAAGUUUUCCUGGGUUUUACUUCAAAUCUUAUAUCUUCUGGUGUUAGGGAUGUGGUUCGCUAUGUUGUUGAGCAUCAUAUGGUUGAUGUAGUGGUUACGACAACUGGCGGUAUAGAAGAAGAUCUUAUAAAAUGCCUUGCACCCACCUAUAAAGGUGACUUUUCUCUACCUGGAGCCUAUUUGCGUUCAAAAGGUCUGAACCGCAUUGGUAACUUGUUGAUACCUAAUGACAACUACUGCAAAUUCGAGGACUGGAUAAUUCCAAUUCUUGACCAGAUGUUGAAGGAGCAAAUUGAAGAGAAUGUAUUAUGGACGCCAUCUAGAUUGAUUUCUCGCUUGGGAAAAGAAAUUAAUAACAAGAGUUCAUACCUCUACUGGGCAUACAAGAACAACAUCCCAGUUUACUGUCCAGGCCUAACAGAUGGCUCACUAGGGGACAUGUUGUACUUCCAUUCCUUCCGCAGCCCGGGUCUGAUUAUAGACAUAGUGCAAGAUAUUAGAGCCAUGAAUGGUGAAGCUGUCCAUGCAAGCCCUAGGAAGACCGGCAUGAUAAUUCUUGGAGGCGGCCUUCCUAAACAUCACAUUUGCAAUGCGAAUAUGAUGCGAAAUGGUGCAGAUUAUGCUGUGUUUAUCAAUACUGCACAGGAGUUUGAUGGGAGUGACUCUGGAGCUCAUCCUGAUGAGGCUGUCUCAUGGGGGAAAAUACGAGAUUCAGCUAAGACUGUUAAGGUACAUUGUGAUGCGACCAUUGCUUUCCCUCUACUGGUUGCAGAAACAUUUGCCUCUAAGGAGAAACAGUUUCUUCAAGAUUAAGGCUUGAUACAGAUUUUGACUAGGUACAGAUUUAUUUAAUAGCUGUGCACUGAUCUUAACAAAGCACUUGUCAGUGAAAAUUGUCCUGCUAGCUGCUCUAGGUAUAGCCUCUUUCUGCUUGUCACUUAGAACCCCUGAAAUAUGUAAUACUGACGUGACGGGGUUGGGACUUAAAAGGCAAACUUGGAGACGCCGAUAUAUGGUCGGGAAUGAGCAUUCAAACUUAGGUAAACUAGACGCAUAUCUGUACCAUGCCCAUGAAAAUUGUUUGACUUUUUAAAUCAGUUUAUAUCAUGAUUCUGGAUUUUUC